AUGGACUAUUCUGGCUUCUUACGCGCUGGCACUAUGUCCAAUGACCUAUACACACUCGACCCGCAUGGUGAUGUGAUGCUCCUGUUCCCCGGUGUGAGUAGAGCCUCUCCUCCAAGUCCGAGCCUGGAAACCAGCUUUCCGACAUCUGUCAUGACCGACGCGUCUGCCGUCGAACAAGACACUAGCGAUGAUAAUACGACGUCUGACCGAGAAGCUCUCCAACACCAGCCGUCAACCUCUGAAGUUAGCGAUGCGAGCGAAGAAGGACAUUCUGUGAGCAGUCUCAUCGGCAUGCGCGUCUCUUCGAGACACUUGGCCCUCGCCUCACCCGUCUUCAUGCGCAUGUUCAAUGGCAACUGGCACGAGGCACGCGAGAUCCGCUCCGAAGGCAUCGUCGUCCUCAUCAUGGACAUUUGGGAUGUUGACAUCACGCUCAUCCUCAUGAACAUCCUUCAUGGCUAUGCGCCACAGGUCCCUCGCAAGGUCGAUCUAGAUACUUUAGCCAAAAUCGCUGUGAUGGUUGAUUAUUACCAAUGUCGCGGGGCUGUGGAGGUCUUUGCGGAUAUCUGGGUUGAUGGGUUGAAGGCGGAUAUGCCGAAGGCUUUUGGAAAGCCCGUCCUUCAGUGGAUAUGCAUCGCAUGGGUGUUUCGCAAGCCAACGGAGUUCUUCGCAGCGACGCGAGUUACCCUCGUUCAGAGUCCUGGAGUGGUACAUGCGUACGGCCUCCCUAUUCCUAACAGAGUGAUUGAAACAAUCAACGAGGCUCGGGAGCAAGGCAUCAGGGAGGCUCUGGCUGCCAUUGAUAGAUUGAUCGAUGACCUAAGCUCCUCCACGCAUCGAUGCUCUUUCGAAUGUAGUUCAAUACUUCUUGGCGCUCUAAUAAAAUUUCUGCGAUUGUCCAGUCUUAUUUUUCCUGAUCCAAGACCUCCAUAUGAUACCCUGAGCAUUGGAUCCCUGACCAGGAGCAUCAUCCUCUUUGCUCGGUCGCCGCUCUGGGAGGCUAGGCUGUCAACCAAGGGGCGUCCUGAAUGGCACAGCUGCAGACUAGGAACUCUUCUUGAUCCUGUCCGCAGGGGCCUAGAGCCGAAGAUGAACGGAUUGAAGCUGGAAGACUUCGAAUGA